AUGCAACGCCUUGUGCACGCACAGACUGAUCAAGCUAUCUCCGCCCCACUGUCACCCCGCUGUCAAGUCGCAGCUCCGGGAUCGCGCGCACUGACUACCGCGCCUCCGUUCUGGCCGGAUGUCGAACUUGGGGGCCGUUUUGGCGCUGGUCCUUUCUCAUAA